AAGGGUAUUUGUUGUGGCUUCUGUAGCCACCUGCUGGCCACUUUGUAUGUUCUCUGCAUGUCCCUCAGCCUGUGACUGACCUCUAGAAUUGAAGUGGUGACAGAGUACAGUUCAAAUCGACAUUUGUUUUAGCGUCAUUAUUUAUGGGUGUGAGUGUUUUGCCUGCAUGCAUGUGUGUGCACCACUUGACUGUGUGCUCCUGUGGAGGUCAUAGGGGAUCGGAUCCCGGAACAGGAAUCACGAUGCAUGGCUCUGAAGAGCAGCAAGUGCUCUUCACCAGUAAGCCAUCCCUCCAGUCUAAACCCAGUUGGCUUGGCACCUUUCCUUACCAUAACCUCUUUUUUUCAUGUGAGUGGAUGGCAGGGGGUGGGCAGGCACACCCUCCUUUCUCGUGGGCUGGGGCCUGUCCUACACACUGUGCCCGAGGAGGGUGGAAUUGGUGGGCUCAGUGCAUGAUCUGUGCCAGGCCAUCAUGCAGGUUAACUAUCCUCCUGUUCUUGCCCACAGGUGGUGCCCGUGGGCAGGGCGCAGGGACAUGGGGCCAGACAUGGAGCUGCCCAGCCACUCAAAACAGCUCCUGCUGCAGCUGAACCAGCAGAGGACCAAGGGCUUCCUGUGUGACGUCAUCAUCAUGGUGGAGAAUUCCAUCUUCCGGGCCCACAAGAACGUCCUGGCUGCUAGCAGCAUCUACUUCAAGUCCCUGGUCCUGCAUGAUAACCUCAUCAACCUAGACACAGACAUGGUCAGCUCCGCCGUGUUCCAGCAGAUCCUGGACUUCAUCUACACGGGCAAGCUGCUGCGUGACCAGCCAUCUGAGCCCAACUUCAGCACUCUCCUCACUGCCGCCAGCUACCUCCAGCUGCCCGAGUUGGCAGCCCUCUGCCGCCGCAAACUGAAGCGAGCUGGCAAGCCCUUUGGCCCUGGACGAGUGGGCGCUGCUGGCGUGGGGCGACCGACCCGUAGUCAGCGGCUGUCCACAGCCUCUGUCAUCCAGGCUCGGUAUCCGGGACUUGUAGAUGGGCGCAAAGGACACCCCGCUCCCCAAGAGCUCCCUCAGGCCAAAGGGUCAGAUGAUGAGCUCUUUCUGGGCAGCUCCACCCAGGAAAGCACACAUGGCCUGGGCCUGGGGGGCUGCCCCGCUGGUGGGGAGGUGGGCCUGGGGGCCUGUGGCAACAGCACCAACGGGAGCAGUGGGGGCUGCGAGCAGGAGCUGGGUCUCGACCUGUCCAAGAAGAGCCCUCCACUGCCUCCGGCAGCCCCUGGCCCCCACCUCACUCCUGAAGACCCCGCCCAGCUGAGUGACGGCCAGCGCGACUCACCCGCGCCCGCUGCACCCUCCGCCCUGCCUGUUGGCAACAGCGCCUCGUACGCGGAGCUGGGGGCCGCUCCUGAGGAGCCCAUGGAUCUGGAAGGGGCCGAGGACAACCACGUGAGUCUGCUGGAAGGGCAGGGCGGCCAGCCUCGCAAGAGCCUCCGGCAUUCGGCCCGCAAAAAGGAUUGGAACAAAAAGGAACCUGUGGCUGGGUCCCCCUUUGAUCGGAGAGAAACGGGGACUAAGGGUCCCAGCCCAGGGGAAGAAGGGGAGGGGCUUGGGGACAGGGUUCCCAAUGGCGUUCUGGCCAGCGGUGUUGGCGGGAGCGGCCCCAGCGGGUCCUACGGGGAGCCGCCGUACCCCUGCAAGGAGGAGGAGGAGAACGGCAAGGACGGGAGCGAGGACAGUGGGCAGAGUGGGAGCGAGGCGGGCAGCGGCCCCGCCGGGGCCCAGUACGUGUACCGGCAGGAAGGCUACGAGACGGUGCCCUACGGGGACAACCUCUACGUGUGCAUCCCGUGUGCCAAGGGCUUCCCCAGCUCUGAGCAGCUCAAUGCCCACGUGGAGACGCACACAGAGGAGGAGUUGUUCAUCAAGGAAGAGGGGGCGUAUGAGACCGGCAGCGGGGGUGCGGAGGAGGAGGCCGAGGACCUGUCCACACCUAGUGCAGCCUAUGCAGCCGAGCCGCGUCCUUUCAAGUGCUCCGUCUGUGAGAAGACCUACAAGGACCCGGCCACACUGCGGCAACACGAGAAGACACACUGGCUGACCCGGCCCUUCCCCUGCAACAUUUGUGGCAAGAUGUUCACACAGCGAGGCACUAUGACGCGUCACAUGCGGAGCCACCUGGGCCUGAAGCCCUUUGCCUGCGACGAGUGUGGCAUGCGCUUCACCCGCCAGUACCGCCUCACAGAGCACAUGCGUGUGCACUCAGGUGAGAAGCCCUAUGAGUGCCAGCUCUGUGGGGGCAAGUUCACCCAGCAGCGCAACCUCAUCAGCCACCUGCGCAUGCACACUUCCCCUUCCUAGAAGCCAAAGACCCGAGGGAGCCCUCUGCAGACUUGCCACGUGGGGACCCACCGCGGAAGGAGGAGUGAGGAAGUAUGGUGGGAGGGCCGAGCCCCAAAGUCUGGCCCCGCCUCCCCAUACCCAGAGCUUUAAUCAGCAGUGUACCAAGGGAAGUCAAGAGGAGAGCUGCCCGGGCCAGCCCCGUGCGUGUGGUGCUGGUGACUGUUCUACCUCCCGUCCCACUUGGCUCCCAGCUCCCUGAAGGGCUGCCGGAGAGCCGGUGGGAGUCCAUCAUGUGGGUGCCGGUGGGGCUUGGUCCCUUACCUGCAGUCUGGGCUAGAGGAGGCACAGGCCUCCUUCCAUGGCCAAGAGUGGUGCCUGGAGCAGGCCCUCGGCUGUCAGGGACUCGGCUGUGUGUGUGCAUGUGUGCUUGUGUCUUUGCGGUGCAGUGUGACUCUGCUGUUGGGAAGCUGGUGCUGGGUGGCAGUUCCUUUCUCUCUGAGCUGGGGUGGCAACUGCUAGCUCGCACUGGACAGUCAGGGUGACCCACUGCCUACCUCUCUACAACUAAAGAGCCCUCUGGGCCUGUGUUACUGUUAUUCCUACUGAGCUGUUCCUAUUUCUUUUUUACAGUUUUUAAAAAUUCUUUUUUAAAACCAAAAUGAACAAUAUUUUCCUCCUGCCUCUUUGGGGAUGAGCCUGGGUUUGCAGACUGAAUGUAACUGGGGCAGCUGCCCCCCCCCUCCCCUGUCAUUUCCCCUGGUCCUGGUGCUGUGGGCAUGGUUGAACUUGCCUCUCCAAGGCCCCAGAAGCCCUUCUUGCCCAGAGGCUUCCCUGAUCCCGAGCCCUGCCUGCCUGGGCUUCCUCAGGAGAACAUGCUUUUUCCAUAAUUUCCAAGGAAUGUCACUAGUUAGAGGUACUUACUUUUAUUGAGACCCCCCCACACUCUCAUACGUUUUCUGAGAUGUUGGAACUUGAAGAUCUGAAGUUUCAGAGGGGAAGGGGGAGGCUAGACUUGGUGCCAGGGCCAUCGGUACUCUUGUUCGUGUGUGUGUGUGUGUGUGUGUGUGUGUGUGUGUGUGUGUGCGCGCGCGCGCGCACAAGCGAGUGGAUGAGAGUAUGUGUGUUGCUUAUGCACAGAUGCUUUGCUUCCUUGCUCACUGGACAAGGUGGCGAGCCUUCUGACCUUUGCUACCUCUUGAAUUCAGUACCACAGUGCAGUGGAGGCUGCCGUUGUUUCCUGUAGUGGAGUGGGCUGGGCUGGGCUGGCCCGAGCCCUUUGUGGGCCUGUGUUCUCGGAAGGGAUGAUUGAUUGCUGCUCAGGGGAUGCUGUUUGGGGGGCAGGUGCGGGCACCUGAGUAACGGAAGCCAUGAGGAGGGAGCAGCUCCCUGCAUGGGCCAGGGUGAGGUGAAGUGAGCCCGUCCCGUCUCCUCCUGAGCUCGUGUGUGUCUAAGAACCUACUGCAGAGCCAGAGGUACAGGUUGGCCUCCACCUCCAGACUCAGCAAGUGUAGGGGUGGGUGUGUCAGCCGGCUUCAGAUGCUUCCAAGGCCAGACCAAGAUUGUCUGCGCUGCUCCAUAUGAGCCACAGAUCUGGGCCCGUAGGCCUUAUCAUCAUGUUGUUUGAUGGCUUUUCAUGUUCCUUUUGAUUUUUUACUAAAGACCAAAAAAUUCCAGAGUCAUCUCCUGCUCCCACCUCUCCAGAGACCCUCUAGCCUGAGUUCAGGGACCCCGUGAGUGGCAGGUGGGAGUGAGGGCACCUGGCCAGGCUCCCGUGGUGCCCUUGCUCUGAGCCAGUACUUUACCCUUUGCCUGUAAUCUCUUUUCUGUUCUUGCAAGUCCCACUGAGUAACUGAGUGAAGACCCGGGCCCCAUCCACCCAGGGAAGAAGCAGGGCGUGCUAGCUUCUGCUCUCUCCACCCCACCCCACCCCACCCUACCCCACCCCACCCCACCCCACCCACCAGCACUUAAGCCACAGGACGCAAAGUCUGUGCAGCAUGGGGACCCCGUGUGGCCUCCCCGGCUGUGGGCAGUCUCUCUCGUCUGUUGUGCAGAAAUUCAGGGACUGGGAGCAGAGCCCCUCAGCACGCCGCCGUGUGCAACAGAGCAUUGUACCCACCUUAGUAUUGUACCAAGUCUUUUCUGUAUUUUAAUGAGAAAGCAAAACACUAGUUUCCUAUUUAAGAUUUUAAGGGUCGUUGGGCUGGGCGGGAUCAACACUUGGUUUGUUUUCUUUUUUCUUUGUUUUCAUUGGUGCAUGCUUAUGACUGUCCGUGUGUGCGUCUGUGUGUGUGUGAUGUCAAGAGCCUCAAGGAAAUCAGGUCAUAGGAGGCCAAGGUGGCUUACAGUUCUCUUUUAGUCAUUUAAUUCCUGAAUGUUUUGGAGAAACAGGAAACAGAAAAUAGCAGAUGUCAUGUAGGAAAAAAGAUUUAAAAAAUAUCAAAAGAAAAAAAAAAAAAGCUCAUACCCAAAUUCACAAAACCUAUUUUUUAAACCAAAGCACAUUUUGAAUGAGUAUGGAACCUCAGUGGGCUCAGAAAAAAAAA